AUGAGUGAAGAGGAAAGAAAAACCUUGCUUGGAAAUGAGUAUGGAAAUACUAACAGUUAUUCGCAAGAAUUCCCAAUCAAAUAUACCGUAACAAAUCAGUCUUAUCAAGUUAAUGUUUCCUUCUGGAAAAAAAGACAGCACAAAAAACUUCUCCGUAAGUACAAUGAACAUCAACAGCGUCUACAAUUAUUAUACCUCCACGAUGAACAACUGUUCACACAUUUUUUGCAUGGAAAUGCAACAGCAACGAAUGACGAAGAGCAACGAAAACGAAAUAUAAAUAGUCUUUUGGCAGGAAUAACUUUUGCAACGAAUGUUAUUUUGCUGUUUGCGAAUGGAAUUGCUUCCGUAUUGUCCGGUUCUCUUUCUAUUAUAAGCACGUUCCUUGAUUCGGCUGUGGACUGUAUUAGUGGAGUAUUAAUUUAUAUCAGCACUUGGGCCAUCAAUAAUACGGACACAUUCAAUUAUCCACGAGGACGAGCACGCUUAGAGCUUAUCAUUGUUCUCAUUUGUUCCGUCAUUAUGGGUGUCGCUAACAUUAUGAUGAUUAUCCAAUCAGUUGAAUCAAUUGUGAAUAAGAGUAUAUAUCCAAAUGCAAGCGUACCUACUAUUUGCAUAUUAGUUAUCGCUUGUGCAAUAAAAGUACUACUGAUGAUAUUUUGCUAUAGACACGGUACACCCGGCUCACGGACACUAGCAAUGGAUCAGCGAAAUGAUAUUAUAACAAGUGCGGUUGCACUAAUUAGCGCUUUUAUUGGUGACAAAUAUUGGCUUUAUGCGGACCCGAUUGGAGCCAUUUGUGUCUGCACAUUUGUGGCCUGCUCGUGGUUUUUUAAUGCAGCAGACAAUAUACCAAUGCUGGUGGGUAAACGUGGUGAUCAGGAGAAUCUAUCACGCAUCAUUCGGAUCUGUGUGGAGCACGACGAACACAUCAAAUGUCUGGAUCAUGUUAUGGUUUAUCACACAGGUUCCUUGGCGACAGUGGAAGUACACAUUGUGCUUGACGAUGACUUGCCACUCAAAAUUACUCAUGAUAUCAUCGAAUCGCUAACAAAAAAAAUCUCAGUUUUACCAUUUGUCGAACGAGCUUUUGUACACGGUGAUUACCGUUGUGAUGGUGACUGGGCCGAGUAA